AUGGUGAAACGAGCCGUGUGCGUUGGCUGCAAUUACCCCAGCAAACCCUAUGGUUUGGCUGGGUCUGUGAAUGAUGCUUUUCUGAUCGCCGAAUACUUGGAAGAACAGUUCAACUUUCCCAAAGAGAACAUUGUGCUGCUCCACGACACCCACCCGGGGAGGAGGAAGAAUGUGCAGGUCGACGAAGCGAAGCGCCCGACACGUGUCAAUAUUUUGCAGGCGCUUCAAUGGCUUGUGAGGAGCACAAAACCCGGUGACGUAUGUUUCUUCUCGUUUUCCGGCUAUGGACUCCAGGUUGAUGAUGUGGACCACCUGCCCGACGAUGGCCUGGACGAAGCAAUUCUGCCAACCGAUUACCAAGACGGGCCAGGCAAUGACAUCACGGUCAUCGUUGGCACUGAGAUUCAUGACUUGUUGGGUGGCGUUCCACACCAUGCUUCUGUGACCAUUGUGAUGGACUGCGACCACGCGACUUCAAUCACAGAUGUGUCUGGUACUCUGAAUGGAGAACUCAUUGCCGGUCUGAAGGCCUCAACCUAUUGUGGGAUGAAGGUGAGUCACACAGAGAGAGUGGAGCUUUCGACCCACAAACGAGAAAUCUGGCUGGAUGAAAGCUCCAGACAGGUGAAGGCACGUCCUCGGUUCCAACCGACCAUGGAAGUGCAGAAUCCCACAAGAGGACGCUUCCCAACGCGCCCAGUGCGGCCGCACAGAGAACACACCUCUCACGAUCGUCCCCGAUUUGGUUUUUGGAAGACUGGGAGGAUCUGA